AUAAUGACUAAGCAUGGGAGUUCAACUAAGUAUUUCUUAUCAACUGAAAAAGCACUGGAAGGUGGUGCCUGACCCUUAGGAGAAGGAUUUCUGAGGGAAGAUGAAUUUAGCAGAGAUUUGUGAUAAUGCCAAAAAAGGAAGAGAAUAUGCACUCCUUGGGAAUUACGACUCUUCAAUGGUAUAUUACCAGGGUGUCAUCCAGCAGAUCCAGAGACAUUGUCAGUCAAUCAGGGAUCCAGCAAUUAAGGGCAAAUGGCAACAGGUCCGACAAGAACUAGUUGAAGAAUAUGAGCAAGUUAAGAGCAUUGUCAACACUUUAGAGAGUUUUAAAAUGGACAGACCUGCAGAUAUCCCUGUAUCCUGCCAAGAUGAGCCUUUUAGAGAUCCUGCUGUAUGGCCACCUCCUGUUCCAGCUGAACACAGGGCUCCACCUCAGAUAAAACGUCCCAACCGAGAAGUAAAACCUUUAAGGAAAGAAUCACCAGGACUGCAGCCACGUGGGCCUGCGGGCAGAGCACACCCAGCAUCAAAAAGCGAGAAGUCUACAAGUAGCCGAGAAAGGGAAUCUAGAGCUAGAGGAAGAGAUGACAAGGGAAAGAAAAUAACCCAGGAAGGUGCUGGUGAUGGGGAAAUUCCAAAAUUUGAUGGAGCUGGUUAUGACAAAGACUUGGUCGAAGCUCUUGAAAGGGACAUUGUUUCAAGGAAUCCAAGCAUUCAUUGGGAUGACAUAGCAGAUUUGGAAGAAGCCAAGAAAUUAUUAAGAGAAGCUGUUGUUCUUCCAAUGUGGAUGCCUGAUUUUUUCAAGGGGAUCAGAAGACCUUGGAAGGGUGUGCUAAUGGUUGGUCCUCCUGGCACUGGCAAAACAAUGUUAGCAAAAGCUGUUGCUACAGAAUGUGGAACAACAUUCUUCAAUGUCUCUUCCUCUACUCUGACAUCUAAAUACAGGGGAGAGUCUGAAAAGCUAGUCCGCCUCUUGUUUGAAAUGGCGAGAUUUUACGCUCCAACAACAAUCUUCAUUGAUGAAAUAGACUCCAUCUGCAGCCGCAGAGGCACAUCUGACGAACAUGAGGCGAGUCGCAGAGUCAAGUCAGAGCUGCUUGUGCAAAUGGAUGGGGUUGGUGGUGCUCUGGAAAAUGAUGACCCUUCCAAAAUGGUUAUGGUAUUAGCAGCUACAAAUUUUCCCUGGGAUAUUGAUGAAGCUCUCCGAAGGAGACUGGAGAAGAGGAUUUAUAUACCUUUGCCCACAGCAAAAGGCAGAGCAGAACUACUUAAGAUUAAUCUUCGGGAAGUAGAACUGGAUCCUGAUAUCAGCCUUGAAGAAAUUGCUGAGAAAAUUGAAGGUUAUUCUGGUGCUGACAUCACUAAUGUUUGCAGGGAUGCCUCUUUAAUGGCAAUGAGACGGCGUAUUAACGGCUUAACUCCAGAAGAGAUUCGGGCACUUUCUAAAGAGGAACUUCAGAUGCCGGUUACCAAGGGGGACUUUGAGCUGGCUCUGAAGAAAAUCUCCAAAUCUGUUUCUGCUGCAGACCUGGAGAAGUAUGAAAAAUGGAUGGCGGAGUUUGGAUCUGCUUAAUCUCAGUGACAGCUCUCUUCUGCUAGACUUUUAUGGCUUUUGCUGUUUUCACUUGUAAAAUGAGUUAGAAAUCUUCUUAAAGGUUUAAUGAAAGGUCUGCCUCUUUUUCUCCUCCCCUCCCCCUGCCCUUUCUGGUGACAGGAUCUCCUUUUAAACUCCAUUUGCAUUUAAAGGGAAUGAGCACUGUAAUGAACUUACAUUAUAAAUGAUAUUUUAUGUCUGAAGAGUAAAAUUGGACAAACAAGAAGGGAAAAAUUAUACUUUUGAGGAUAAUCUUUUUUUUUUUCCCAGUGAAAAGCAGUAUUACUUAUCUCCUUACAGUCAUCAUUCAUGACUGAAAUCAAUAAAUCAGCCAGGGGGAUGUGACUACAAAAGAUCUAACAUGGGCUCGCUGUUCCCCCUGCUCGUAGGAAGUGCUGCGUCUCUGCUGAGCUGCUGACUCUGCCUGCCUUGAAUAUGGCAUCAAAGUUGCUGUUUUCUGAUGUGGUUCUCUUUGCUUGAGUAUUCAGAGCAAAGCAUGGGGAUUAUUUGGCAUUAGAUAGAAGAAAUAAGGAUUGGUCUUCAUCAGGACAUUGGCUCAGCUCUCUUCUCUUGUACGCCCAUUUGUCAUUGAUGUCACUUCAGACUGGAUUAGUGUUACCUGUGACUUCUCCUAAUGGAAAUGAGAGGAAAAGCAAAGGGCCUUGAUUGCUUUUAGUUCAGUUUCUGCUUGACCUCUAAACAUAGUUUGUACCCAGACCAGUAGGCACUUUAACUUAAGUUACACCUUGCACUUUUAUACUUUGUAUCAUCAAACUAUACUUUGUGCUUUCUAGAUAUUAUUUAAGUACCAGGAGUUUAAUAUUGUAAAAACACUAGUAUCAAGGCUGUCCUUAAAAGAAAUAGCUAUGGGCUUCCACUUCUGAUUAGACAUGAACUCUUUCCUAGCUUUCCUAGGCAAUGGAAUUUGCACUUGUUUAUGUUGUAGAACUGUUUACAAUUAAUUAUUUUUUUUACAAAGAUUUCUUUAAAAUGUGUAUGUAAUUGAUUUUUGGAAAAUGAUCUCUGUGAUCUCAUUUCUCUUCUCACCUGUCUCUUCCCCUCCCAGUCCUAAAUACAAGUGCAAGUACAGGGACAAGAAGGGUUAGAUUAUAAACUCUGGCACAAGAAAUCCUCUCUCCAGAGUGUUGCUGCCAUGCUGACAGUGUGAUCGUUUCACAGACUCUGGCGGUGAAGCUGACAUAUGAAGGCUUCCCCUACGAGGAAUGAGAAGGAAAGGACAGAUUUACAGAGAAAUAGGCAAACUCUGAAAUUCACAGUGAUUUCGUAAGCUAUGCUCUGAAUAUCUCAGUGACCUGGAGGGGCUAUGCAGGUCAGUAGGUAUUCUGCAGCUGGGCUCUCUGCUGAGACUGCUAGAGAUGUAGCCAGGUGUGGUAAAGUGGAGUGAGAAACAGAUCUCUUUCAUGAGGUAAACCAAGUAUUCAGCACCAUCCACCUCCUUUUGAAUGGGAGUGUGUCUUUACUGCUGCUUCUUUUUGCUAGUUCUUGCAACUUGCAAAUAAUGUCAAUAAUUCAUCACACUGAUCUGAGCACCUUUUGGGCAUGACAUGUGUGAACCACUAAGGUAAAUGCUGCUCUAGUGUGUUUUCUGUUCAAUAGCAAGAACUGUCAAGAUAUAAACUUGACAGCUCUGCAGCAGCUAUCUGAUUGGGCUACAUUUGCAAUUUUUCCUGUCUGUCAGUAUAUAUUUUUUUCUUUUUUUUUAUAUGAAGAACAUAUCUUGGAUUGAUCGUGUCAUUUUAUAGGUCUGCCCCAAUUUGCAUGGAGAAACAUCAGGGAGAUUAAUAUUAUCAUGGAGAUUCUGUCAGUCUUUUAUUUGACAUGAAACUCGGUUGGGACUUUAGAAGCAUGUUUCCAUGUGGCACUCUAGAAAAAUGCCUCCUGGGAUUGGUUGAGACACAUAGCUGCUGUUCGUAUUUUUCUGAAGAAUGAAGUAUCUCUGCUAGCUAGCAUUAGGCCUUGUUAGACGUGAGGACAGUAAAGUUAGCACAGGAAGAACAUCAGCUUUUACCCUUUUCAUCUACGGGAAGGAUAAAAGCUCCAGUUCUUUUUUUCCUGACCAGUUUGUGUUAACAAACACAACACAGGUACAGUAGAGCCCUCGAGGUUCGCAGUAUGUUGGCUGUGAGACUAAGUGGAACAGUGCUCUCUGCACUGGAAGAUGAGCAAGCAGAAGCCGUGUUGACUCUUUAUAGUUCAUGGAUAAAUUUCUCCAAGGGCUAGUCUGUUCAUCCCAGGAAAUAACUAGACCUUUAUAGAGAGAAAGCUUUUAAAAACAUUGUGACAGUCUGUCUUUUUCUCCUUAUGAAAGCUGCUGGCUACAGCUGUUAUUCUUCUUUUGGUUUUACUGCAGUAGAAAUUAGUAAAACUAUGAGAUUCUUUUGUGACCAGUACUAGAAUAGCAGCUCAGGGGCUCUCACCUAGCCAGCUGGGGAGACUGUUGCUGCCUGAGGAGCUUAUGGUCUAGACACUGAAGCUCUGGAAAAGAAGAGACAUGGAAUAACAGUAAGUCACCCAUUCGACUGCCCACAGAGCAGUGCUGGGAUUCAGCAGCUGCUACUUAGAAAGAUGUAAGCAUCAGUUUUCUCAGUUUCAUUCUACAAACAGCAGUGCACCUUCUGCUAAUGAAAGUAGUGUUUAGCAAAAAUAUCAUUCUUUGACUCUUUGAUAAACCUUCUAUCUUAAAGUGUUAAACUGCCCUCUUGCAUGUCAGCAAAAUUUGUUAUACUGGAUAUUCCCUGUGGCUGGAACUGUUCAGGUGCUGCAGUCUUUUAGUCUAAAGGUAAUGAUCUCUACCCAGAAUGGGUUUUUCUCUAUAGGUCCAUUCAUCUGCUGCUGCUGCAGAAGUGAGUGAGAAAAUGAGUUUUCAGGCCACAGAUCUUUGUAUGUACAACAGUUGUGCCCGAGCACUGCAGCCAUGACUUGGCCCCCACUAAAGCAGGCACUCCACAAAACAAAGACCAUCCCUGCCCUGCUGAGACUUCUCAGCGUUGGGAGCUGACUGUAGGUGCUGACACUUACAGCUUCACCAAGACACAUGUAUGCACUCACCUGGAUGGGCUUGCAGGUUCGGUUAUAUGCUCAUGAGGGGAGCUAACAGAGAGAUACAACAAGGAGUGACCAGGAAAGGAAGGUCCGGCUAACAGCAGUAGUAACUCAAGGUCCCCAGGAUGAGCUUACAGGUCAGUGAGCAACAUGCAUCCAAUUUAUGUCCCACUGGGGAAACCCUAGUUUAGGGAUGGUUGAAUCAUCAGAGUGCAACAUACUAAUAUAUCACAGCCUGCUGCAACCAUGUGUUCGGUCUGUGUACGUAUGUAUGGAGAUAUAUAUGUAUAUGUGUGUAUAUAUAAAUAUACAUGCACACACACUGUUCAGUAUGUGGUGCUUCAGUAGUUUGUACCUAAAUUACACUAAAAUAUGUUUUAAAGCUGUGUUUUGGUGUCUCUUUCUAAACAUUUGUAAAUAUUCUCUUGAAUGGCACUGUUAAUUUUUGCAGAAUAAGCAGAUGGGUUGUAUGAAGUAAUAAAUGCAUGUGUAGAGUC